AUGUUUUCAUUUAUUUUUGGAUGCCCCCUAGGACGUUUCCCCCCAUUUUCCAUUUUCCAUUCCGAGGGGCCAAUCACCGCGAAGGGAUUAGAGGCUCUUUGGGCGUGUGGCACCACAAGAUCUUUGUCAUUGAACUUGAAAAAGUGCCGAGGAGUCGAGGAAACGUGCCGCAGACAACUGGCGAGUCGACCCUUUCAUCGCAUUUUGGGCAAUCCGACAUGA